AUGACUUUUAAAGAGUUUAACUUGCACACUGCAGUUAUGAAAGGCCUGGAAGCAGGCCGGUUUAAAGACCCAAAGCAAGUACAAAGCAAGAUAAUUCCCAUGGCGCAGGAGGGAAAAAACAUUGUGUGCUCUGCUAAAACGGGGUCUGGGAAAACCCUUGCCUUUUUGGUUCCUGUUUUGGAGAGGCUGCUUACCGUAAAGUGGGCGCGCGCUGACGGGCUGGGGGCUGUGAUUAUUUCGCCCACGCGAGAGCUUGCGCUGCAGACGUUUUCUGUUCUGCAGGUGAUUGGGCAGUUUACGCACUUGAGCGGUGGGCUUUUGAUAGGAGGCAGGGACGUGGAGCGGGAAAAAAGCACUGUUGGAGAGCUGAACAUUGUAGUGUGCACUCCCGGAAGGCUGCUGGACCAUUUGGAGUCUGGCUGGAACUUUUCAGGCGACAAUGUGGAGUGCCUUGUCAUUGACGAGGCAGACAAGCUCAUGGAAAUGGGGUUCAAACAGACUGUAGAAAGCAUCCUCGAGUACAUGAACAAGAAAAGGCAGACGCUCCUCUUCUCGGCAACUGCCGACGUGAUUGCCCAUGCGAAGAGGGUCUGGGACAUAAGCAACCCCGAGUUUGUGUCGGUCUCUGGCGGUGCUGAGGCCGAGCCUUUCCAUCUGCGCCAGGAGGCGUUUGUGGUUACGCCCGCCCAGAAGCUGGACCUUCUCUACGUUACGAUAAAGAGCAACAUCAGAAAGCGGAUCAUCGUGUUUUUAACCACGUGCAAGGAGGUCACGUUCUACUACACCCUUAUUAAGAAGAUGCGGUUUGGCCUGGGCGCCCUAUACCUGAACGGAAAUAUGUCGCAGAACAAGCGCAUAGAGACCUUCUACAAAUUCGCAGAGAAAGACCCAAAGAUCCUUUUCUGCACGGACAUUGCUGCGCGCGGCCUGGACUUCCCUGCUGUAGACAUCGUCUUGCAGCUUGAUGCCCCAGACUCUAAGGAAACAUACGUCCAUAGGGCAGGGCGGACUGCAAGAAACGGCGCCAAGGGCACGAACAUUCUUGCAAUUUCAAAGCACGAGGUGGGAGUUCUGGAGGCCCUGAGGGAGGUCGAAGGCUUCCCAGAGAGCCCGAGGGAGUACACUGGAAAACGGUCAAUAGAGGAUAGAGUCAAGGCCAUGGUCAAAAACACGCCAGAGAUAUAUGUUCUGGCACAGAAGUACGUUAAAACAUACAAGGGCUACUUAAGAGUUGCAAAAAAAGAGCAGGUCUCCGACAGAGAGGCCGUUUUGCAGGAGCUUAUAGAGUAUCUGGGCGUGCAGGAGGACGAAAAUGUUUCCUGGUCUGCUGACAUGAAGAAAAAAAACUCUCUCAGAACAUACACAAAGCUGGAAUAA